AUGAGCAAGAAAUUUCCAGGCCACCUGUUUUGGACAUUCUUCUUGUUGCUGAACUUUGUACCUCGGUUAUAUACCCAACCCGAGGCAUCAAAUAACACCAUAAGAAAAUAUGUUAGUGUUGGUGUGACUCUUGACAUGGGAUCAUGGUUAGGUAAUGCUGUGCUAACUAUCAUUAAUAUGUCGGUUUCUGAUUUCUACGCUCUCAACGGGCACAAAUAUGAGACGAUGAUACUUCUCCAUCUAAGGGACUCUAAGGGUGACCCUCUCCGUGCUCUCUCUGCGGCUCAUGAUCUUCUAGAAAACAGCAAGGUGGAAGCCAUUGUUUCCAUUCCAGAAUCUUUAACUCAAGCUGAAUUCCUUGCCAAACUAUGUGACAGAUAUAAAGUUCCUUUGAUGUCAAUUGCCACAACUCCAUCUUCAUCCUUUUCAAAUCCUCACUACAUUCAGAUUGCUACAGAGCGGAAAACUAUGGCUGAAGGCAUUGCUGCAAUAAUGACCUUCUUUGAAUGGAAAAAUGUUGCUUUCGUUUCAGAAGACUCCGACAGUGGGAGAGAAAUGCUCUCUGUUCUAUUGAGUACUUUCCAGGAGACAAAUAUCCAGAUCGCUUACACUCUCUCAAUUUCUUCAUCAGCAACCGACGACGUAAUCAACCAAGAGCUCAAGAAGCUGAUGGAUGUGGGAACAAAGGUGUACGUGGUUCACAUAUCAGCGUCAUUUGCAUCACGUCUAUUCCUAAAUGCAAAACGGUUGAGGAUGAUGAGUAAAGAAUAUGCUUGGGUAUUAACUGACGAGGUCUUAAACCUAAUAGAUACUCUAGAUUCCAGUGUCUAUGAGACACUGCAAGGAGCCAUAGGUUUAAGGUCUCACAUCCCAUCGUCAAACAAGAUUCAAAACAUCACAAGGAGAUGGAAGAAAGAAUUAUGGUCAAAGUUUCCUGAUGUUGAAUUGGUAAAGACAAAUAUUUUUGGUUUAAGAGCAUAUGAUACAAUCUGGGCACUUGCAGAAGCAGUUGAGAGGGAUGGGGUCCGGGUUGCCAAUGACGAACCACAUGUCCAGAGUGACUCAAGUCUUCUUGAUGAGAUAUUGCAAACUAAUCUCAGGGGGAUAAGCGGACCGUUCAAACUUGUCAAUGGAAGACUGAACACAAGCCAGUUUGAAUUAGUUAAUAUGGACAUCGGGGCAAUCAGAAGAGUUGGCUUCUGGACAACAACAGAUGGAAUCGCAAGGGAACUGCAUCGUCCUACCAGUGGAGAGAAAGAUCUCCAGGUCAUUAUAUGGCCAGGUGGUUCAGUAACUCCCCCAAAGGAGAUAACCAACAAUAGGAGGCUUAUAGUUGCUGUUCCCGUUAAUCAUUUUGGAGAACUGAUAUCCGUGGUAUACGAUCCAAAAACCAAUUCAACAACUAUCGAUGGCUUUUGCAUAGAGGUGUUCGUUGCUGCCAUGAAAAGACUUGAAGAUGAGAUAGCUUAUGAAUUUGUCCCUUAUCUUGAUUCGAGUGGAGCAAUGACAGGAACCUACAAUCAUCUCAUAGACAGCAUUUAUCUUGGGGAGUACGAUGCCGCAGUGGGAGAUAUAACAAUCACAGCCAACAGAUCCUUGUACGUUGAUUUCACAUCAACAUUCACUGACAUUGGUAUUGGGAGGAUGGAGCAUCAAAUUCAUACGACGAACAUGUGGAUUUUCUUGAAGCCCCUCCACUCGAACCUAUGGCUAACUACUGCUUGUUUCUUCAUCAUAACUGGACUUGUCGUCUGGGUCAUUGAGCGUCCCAUAAACGAGGAAUUCCAGGGUUCACUAUCACAGCAAGUUGCCACAGCCCUGUGGUUCUCCUUAUCCACAAUUGUUUAUGCUCACAGAGAAAGGCUGAUCAGCAACCUGUCAAGGUUUGUUAUCGUCAUCUGGAUCUUUGUGGUGCUUAUACUGACUACAAGCUACAGUUCCACAUUAACCUCAAUGCUAACUGUCCAACAGAUAGAAUUAGUAUCAAAAGGUAAGAGCUAUGCAAUAGGAUAUCAAGCUGGGUCAGGGAUCAUAUUCAACAAUUUGAACUUUGCAGACACAAAGGUAUAUAGUACACCCAAUGAAUACGCAGAAGCCUUAUCGAAUGGAACUUUGGCUGCUAUCAUUGAUGAAAUUCCAUACAUUAAGUUCUUCCUUGCUAAGUAUCCAUCUAGUAACUAUGUCAUGGUAUCUUCGGAACCUCUCACCAGUGGCUUUGGCUUUGUCUUUCCAAAAGGUUCGCCAUUGGUUUCUCAGUUAUCAAGGGCAAUAGCCCAACUAAGAGAAGAAGGAGAGCUUUCAAGGAUUGAGCAUAAUUGGCUCAACCCGCAUUCCUCUUUUGCAAUAUUCAUGCGAGAAGAUAAUUCAACUACAAGCACCCCAGCCUCAUUAAAGCUUCAGAGCUUUAAAGGCUUGUUUCUUAUCACUGGAAUUUCCUCUACGUCAUCCCUUGUCAUAUUCUUGGUCAAAUCACUAUGCCAAGAAUGGCGUGAUAAAUUUAGGGAAAUCAAAAUGAGAAUUCUUAGGAAAUUUGGUGUAUGGCUUGUAUUGCUUAAGGAUAGGUCCAUCCGCAAUGUGUAG